AAGUUUCGAUAUGGGUCAUGGUGAAACGUUUCUCGGUAUGCCGAUUGCUCUCGCGUAUCUACCUUUGGAAAUCUGGAGCGACCACGUAAUCGUGGCAAUUGAUGAAACCGGUAUAGCCAUCUAUUGAUACGUUGUUCCGUUUUUGGACGAGACAAUUGCAUUUUUGUUUCUUCCUUACUUUCCAUUUUUCUAACAAUGAUUGCUUCGCGACUACGCACGCACGCACGCACGCAUGCGCAUCCGAAGUCAUUUAUGUUUUCUCAGUAAGCAAUAAACUUGACCUAUAGGAAAAGGAAAGUGAAAAGGACAGUGACCGUUUUUGGAAUAGCAUUUUGAAACAAUACCUUAUGAAUAAAUACAAAAUUAUAAUUCGAAAAUUAAUCGAGAUAACUAUCGAAUAUCGCACGUUCUCCUAGAAGUCAGUAAUUCUCGGAUAAGAAUCUGGAUCAAGAGGUAGUAUAGCCUUGGCGUAUAACCUUGCUCCGUGAACUUCGUCAUGGUCGAAAGUACAAUGGGUACUUGUCCGUGAUCAAAGAAGCGAAGAAGUUGAUAUACAUGGCCCGUUAAGAUUGGAUCGUACGCUCGAUCACUUUCUCCGACCGAUGGCCUGCUUGCCUGAUGAGGGCAAGCGGAGCGGAGAGGAAGAAAGGAAGGAAGGAAGGAAAAAAGAAGGAAUACAGAAAAAACAAAUGGAUAGAUUAAAAAAAAAUUGAAAGCAGGUGAACGAAGAGAAAAGAAAAAAGCAAAAGGAGGGAGAGUUCGACUACCGCGACGACGAUCAACACAAACAUGGGCAGAGUCAGCCCCACCGCGUUUCCAAUCGCCACAACUUUCCGCUUUGGCUCCUUCCUUCUGUCCCCAAGGGAGGAUACGCGCCUAUAUAACUACGGCGUUCCACUGAUUGAACGAAGUAAACCACGUUUUCCAGCGCCUAGGGAAGAAGAGAACGUGUAGCCCGAGUCCAACGGGCGGCACUCCAACAAAUAUGAGGAUUCGCCCGGGAUGCGCGACUGCACUAGUAGUGCUACUGCAAAUCUUUCUUGUGGCGGGCAAGGCUUUGGAGCAAAUACAGCAAAUACAACUACAAGUGCAACAGCAACAGCAACCGCAGCAAGUUCCGUACGGUACAGCGGCUGAAAAACGAUUGGCCGAUUGGAACGGAGAUGCCGGAGGAGACUACGGUAGUAGUUUAGGUGUUGGAGAUUACGGUGGAGGUUUCGGAGGUGGUGGCGAUAACCUUGGUGGAGCCAUAGAAGAGCACCACGCGCAAGAGCAUCACGACGAUCAUCACGAUGAUCAUCAUGAUCAUGGUUAUUGGAAAAAGAAAUUGACUUGGAAAGUAGGCUGGAAGAAAAUAUGGAAACCGGCUCAAAAACAAAUUUGGAAACCUGCGUGGAAAAAGAUUUGGAAGCCUGUUUGGGAGCCGACUAAGAAGGCCGUUUGGAAGGAAAUUCAAGUACCGGCGUGGAAAAAAAUUUGGAAGCCUGUCUGGAAAGAGAUACAGGUGCCAGUGUGGAAAGAAAUUCAGGUACCUGCGUGGAAAAAAAUCUGGAAACCAAUAUGGGUACCUAUCAAAGUUCCAGCUUGGAAAGAAAUUCAAGUACCCGAGUGGAAGAAAAUUUGGAAACCCGUGUGGAAGGAAAUACAAGUGCCAGGUUGGAAAGAAAUUCAAGUGCCGGCUUGGAAGAAACUUUGGAUACCGGAAUGGGUAAAAAUUGGUAUACCGGGUGAACAUUAUCACGGUAAGGACCAUCACGGCUGGGAAUAUACCAGUCACGAUUUGUGGAAGAAAAAACUGAUCUGGAAGCCGGUAUGGAAAAAAUAUUGGAAACCGGCAAAGAAACAAAUAUGGAUACCGGAUAAGAAACUCGAGUGGAAGGAAGCGUGGAAGCAGAUCUGGCGACCUGCUAAGAAACAAAUCUGGGUUGAAGACAAGAAGUUGGCGUGGAAAGAAGAAUGGAAACAGAUAUGGAAGCCAGACAAAAAGUUGAUUUGGGUGCCGGACAAGAAGUUGGAGUGGAAGGAAGCUUGGAAACAGAUUUGGAAAACGGAGAAAAAGCUCGAAUGGAUUCCAGACAAAAAAUUAGCUUGGAAGGAAGCGUGGAAGCAGAUUUGGGUGCCGGCUUGGAAAGAGAUUUGGGUACCCGCGUGGAAGAAGAUUUGGAAACCGGUAUGGAUAUCGGAGUGGUUCCCCAGCGAGGAUCACCACCAUCCUCAUCAUCAUCAUCAGGGAUGGUCCGAUCGAAAGGACGAUCGGGAACAGAACUCGCAAGUGAUCCCGCUAAAUCCCCAGUUUGCAGGAAAUCAAAAUAAAGGGAAUCAGCAACAGCUAGUCGAAACAAACCAAGUUAGAUGGAGCCCCUCCAUCCAAGGGGGUAGAACGUCCUCAUUGGCGGAAAGCUUGCUACCUCCGCCGGUUCCAACGUCCAAUCAAAACGGCGCGUCUUCCAACAUUACCUUUCGCACUCGUUAAUUCGCGUCGAAGGGACU